UUCAUCGGAGGUGGGAACGAACUGUCAGAUGGACGGGAAUCCCUCCACCGAAAUCCCCGACCUUCAUUUCUCUUCAUUUUUUUCAUUGGCUAACGCCACCCGACGUCACGAAAAAACCGGAAAACCCCCACCAGCAUCCCAAAUUCGUCUCACCUGCCAGGCCGCGAAUCCCCCGCCCCUCUGAGGAAACACCAGGUCGGUUUAUGGGAACGGAAAGCAUCUGCAGAGGUAUCGGGUUCCCCCUCGCGGGCUAUGAUUGGCCGGGACAGUAGCAGACGAUUCCUUUAUGGCAGAUAUAACCCUAAAACUGAUAUGGUAUAAGUUGUGCGAGAGCUAUACCAAAAUGGCGGAGGCAGGUGCAGGUUGGUUCGCCCGUCUCACAUGGGAAGACCACGUUUUGGAUAUAUUGCUGUUUGGCUGGAUAGUGCAGUGCUUAAUGGUGUACGUCGUCGUGUCGGCGCUGCAUACUUUCGUCGGGCCGUUGCAACGUCGUCCCACGAGCGCAGGGGAUGCGUACAAGGAGGGUGGUGGGGGCGCGUUGGCCGAGCGUACCAUCGUGUGCCCCACGUACCACGUCGAGCAAUGCAACUGGUUGAACACGGCCCUCAACUGGGGCUACCUGCACUACUACUACCGGCCCGAGUGGGUGGACCAGUGGGUCAGUGCACUCAACGAACAAGUCGCCAAGCUUGGGGGUCCAGUUCAAAUUAAAUUUGAGAGUGUACAAACGGGAAGUCUGCCUCCGAAAUUCAGUGAUGUGGGUAGCGAGGCCAACCCAGAUGACCAAUUUAUUAUUCACAUCAAGGUCGAGUCGCGAGACCUGGCGUUCUCUGUGUUCGCGUCACAGCAGGCCCACGAUGGGGUCCGCCUCACCAACUGCACGGCCACCGUGGUACGGAUGAAGGGUAGUCUGAAGAUCCAGGCGUAUAAAGAAGGCAUCGACAUCAAACUGAACGUCGCGUUCGAUGGGCGACCCGACAUCAAGAUCGAGGUGAAGCCUACUAACCCGUACCAGGAUUUUGAUAAGGACCCAUAUGACAUGGUAGACCUGGGUGUUGUGGAGGAGGCUGUGCGCCACACGAUCUGCCUGACGUCAGCAACGUUCAUCAUCACGCCGUGGUUUUACCCACGCACAUUCGGCUCAUUCUCGCGAGAAGGGCGCAGUGCAGCGGCUAUGUCACAGCUACAAGCCAUCCAGACUGCUGCCGCGGAAUCGAACCUAGAAUACCGUGCACCCCAGACUCACGGCAGCCAAUCAGCUCAGACGAUCACCGUGCCAAGCUCAACGAAGAAAGCCGCUGCACCCACAGUCCCGUCACAGACUGCCCCACAGACAAAGGCCAAUUUCGAACCCAUCCAAGCAGAGAAAUACCAAAGUGCUUUCUACUCUCCAGUCAGUGCAUCCACCCCUCCCAAGCCACCCCGCUACGUGGGUGAUAAACGCCUGCUCGUGAAAAUCAUCAAGGCAAAUGGUCUAGGUCCCAAGGAUGUCGGUAAGGCACCAACGUCUGUAGAUCCGGCUGUCCUCAUCCUGAUGGACGACCCGAUUCAGAACCACUCGACCACCGUCGUACGCAACGCCACACAUCCAUUCUGGGACGAGAGUUUUCUUUUUGAUAUAACACAGAACAGCAACGAGCUGAGGUUUGAAGUGUUUGACAAGAGCAAACAUCCUGGAGAAGAUUUUCUAGGUGAAAACACAGUGUACAUAGAAGAUUUGAGAAAAACUCCCAGCAGUAGACAGAUCUUGUCCCUACAGAGUCGACCGGGAAACCCCGACUACAUCAAUGGCUCUUUAACUGUAGAGUUUCUGUUCAUGGAUUCAGCGGAAGCAGAGAUGAUGUUUGAUCUCUCCAACAUGUCAUCCAUACCCAACAACCAGUUCUCACCCAAGAGGCGCGGCGACACCGCGGUUCGACAGACAACACCAGGGGGCACUGUCGUCACAGGCCCCGCCUCCGACAGGUUGCAUAACUCACAGCUCGAACCUGGCUACAAUGAGAAGCGGUACAACCGGUAUUCGCCCGACCUGGACGGAUCCGAUUCGCUAAGCGCCGGUCGUUCAUCCCCGUAUCAGGGAACACGGGAAGACCGGUCUAUAUCUGCAUCAACAGUUAACAAAUCCAAGCAAAAUGGAGAAAUGAUAGUUAUUAAUGGCGUAGAAUCGGUGGCGGAGACGGCAAUACGGGAACUGAUGGACAAGUCGAGGCGACCCAGAACCCCCACCAAAAAAAGCAUGCUUAUUAUAACUGGUGUAAAGCGGGAGCCGGUUGUACCCAUAAUAAAGACAAUAGAGAGUUCUCCAACGGAAGAGCAGACUGACAGUCCACUGUCGUCACAUUCUACUCCGCCAUCUAUUGGACAUCCACCAGAAAAAGACAAGAAGAAGAGUUCUUUUGGGGAAGCGAUCCGCAAGCGCUUCGGUCGUAAGAAGCGCUCACAGAGUGCCGACCGGGCCGCGUCCAGCCUCAAGGAGCGCUCCAACUACUUGAGACCGCCAGACGAGCCGUACGGGCACAAGUCAAAAGAUGAUUUGGACCUGGUUCGGAGGAGCUCUCCCCCGAAAUCCCCCAACCUGAAGAAGUCUCGAUCGCUGGGCGGGAGUCUCAAGAAGUUGUUCCGUCGGAGCCGGCGCCGGUCCAAGUCGCGGGGCGAGGAGUCGCGCGACAGCUCGUUAUCCCGGGGGUCGGGGCGCAACCAGUCUCAGGGACCAUCCAGAGAUAGUUCACUCAAUCGGCAGUCGGCGCAGAACCGAGGCUCAUCCGUUUCCUGAGAGUUAUCUCCUCUUUAAUAUAUAUUUAACACAUUAGGCUCAUCCAGUCUCAAGCGUCUUCACACCUCCUGAGAUUUUCAACUCCCCUCGUCCUCUUCCCCCCCCCCCCCCAAAAAAAACUUUGUUAGUUUUGUUUGUUGAUGAUCUGUUUUUGUAACUAUUUUAGUGUCACAAUUUUUUAAGAUUUGUCAUACAAAGUGAUAUAAGAAAUGCAACGUGUGUGAAAUGAUAAUAAAAUGUGGUGUUUUAGUCUCUCUUUUUUCCCCCUUUUUUUUAAUACAAAUUUUGUUAUUUGAAACUAAUUAAUGUCGAUGACUCACUUUUCGCACUUGUUUUGGCUCUGUAUACAAUUAAUAUAACAUAUCUUAUAAUAAUUUCACUUCAGAUCGAUAUUUCGUAAAUAGUACAAUUGCUUUUUAAUUACAAUAUUUUCUUCAAACAGGUGCAUUAGAAAUUAGCACAAAAAAAAAUACAGUUAAAUUUUUCCGUUGGAAAUACUGUAUAUACAUUUACAAUUGUAUGUGUGUACCUGUAACUUAAUAUGUGUGCCAAACAUUCUUGGGAAUUCUUUUCGGAAAAACACUGUUUCCGAAAGUUGAGCAUUAUUAAGUUUCGAAGAAAAAUGAAGGUUGAUUUCUAAAUCACAUGACAACUAUUACACCAAUCCAAGCAUUUGUAACAAAAGGUCAGAUAUAUAGACUGGAAUUACAUAUACCUGGAUAUGUAUGUCUAUAUAUAUAUUACUGAAGUUAUGUUUCGUUUAUUUUUAUUUUGGCAUUUAAUUUAUGCCCUGAAAACUAAAACAAUUUUGAAACUAUCAGGAGGUGCAGAAGAGUGCCAUCUUUAACUGAUGCAACUGAAGGUUUAGAGUUAUCCCCCUUUCUAGAAAAGUGUGAUAUGUGUACAAAUGAUUUGUUUAUUUAUAAUCUGUUGAAAUGUUGAGUGCUUUUUAAUAGUACUUUAUAUGCCAUUGUGUGUUCUAAUUGUCUGGGGAAACACACUGGCUCUGUUGCUUUUACAUUUCUGUAUAAAAACCAAAACACAACUAUACAUAUAUUAGGACGUGAAAUUGAAAAAUAAGUCAAGAAAUUGUUUUCAAAUGAGACGAUUUAAAAAGAUCAAAACUGUUAUUUUAUAGAGUUAACAGUAACAUCAAGGAUCCAAGACUACAUUCAUUUCAUUGCAAGUUAUUUUUGUGCUUAUAUCCAAUUAAGGUUCAAGCACACUGUCCUGGGCACACACCUCAACUAUCUGGGCUGUUUAUCCAGGACAGUGGUUUAGUUGUUAGUCAGAGAGAAGAGGGUGUAGUGGU